CAGCUACUAACAACAGUUGGCCCGCCGCCUGGCUUCACAGCAGCAGCAAACAAGUAAGCUGUGAUCAUCAAAUUCUAAUCCCCACUCCCUCAAAUCCCUAAAGUUGAAACCCCCCAAUUCCGCCGUUCUCCAUCUACAUCAAAUAAACAUACUCUGUUUCUGAGAAUUCGUACCAUUUUAUAGUGAUGAAUUUAACGUUACACGCACAUACAAAUUCACCACUUUAUUGCACAAGAUAUGACCCCAUCAGACCUGCAAAACCCAUUGACCCUAAAACCUCUCUUAAACCCUUGGCUGUCUCAAAACCAUCAAGCAUCCCAUUCAAAUUCAACCAUGAAUAUCAAGAUGAACAAAAGAUUAAACCCCUUCACUUCGCCCAAGAAUCCCCUAAAAAAUUCGACCUUCCUGUCGUCGUUCACCGUUCAGGGACGAUUUUGAGGUACUUUUGGGAUGGAAACGAGAUGCAAUUAGUCUCUGUUGGCGGUGUUACCCAGUUUUCUAUAUGGAAUUUUUCGAGUUUGGGCAGAGUUUGUGGGGUUGCGAUUAGGAACUUUUUUCUUCCUAGGGAAGUGAAUGAGAACUACAUGGAGUAUGUGAAGUGGAAAUUCUUGCAUAGAGUUUUCAGCUCUGCUUUGCAAGUUCUUGCUACUCAGGCGAUGUUUCGGGCAAUAGGUAUGGGUUAUUCUCGCUCACUGCCAUCAGCUGCAGCCCUAAAUUGGGUUUUGAAGGAUGGCCUUGGGCGGCUUAGUAGGUGCAUUUACACUGCUAGCCUUGCUUCAGAUUUUGAUACUAAUCUCAAGAGAGUUAGGUUCUCAACUUCUAUUCUGUUUAGCCUGAGCAUUGGUGUUGAGUUGCUGACUCCUGCCUACCCCGCACACUUUCUUCUUCUUGCAACGAUAGCCAAUAUUGCUAAGCAAAUAAGCCUGGCUUGCUACUUAUCAACUGGUACUGCUGUUCACAGAAGCUUUGCCAUCUCAGACAAUCUUGGUGAAGUUUCUGCAAAGUCCCAGAUUCAAACAGUGUGCUUUGAUAAUGUCGGUCUUCUGCUUGCUGCAACCUUCAACAUUUUGUUCAGAAACAAUCAGAGAUUGUUGGCAGUUCUACCAUUUGUUGUAUAUCCUAUCUUCUCCACCAUUGACCUUUUCGGGAUCUACCAAUCGCUGAAACAUGUUCAUCUGCAAACAUUGACCAAGGAUAGGCUUGAGUUGAUAAUAAAAAUCUGGAUCCAGCAUAAAUAUAUCCCUUCGCCAGCUGAAGUGAGUGAGAGGGAAGGCAUUAAUAUCAUAUCAAGCAAAGGCAGGGAGCUGCUGCCUAUUAGAGUUGGUUGCUUGAAUCACAAGAGGAAAAUACCAAGGCUAUCGCUGAUGACAUUACGAUCUUUAAAAGAUAAAGAUUUCUACUUUGUUUGCCUGGAGAACCACAGCAGAGGAUCCAGACUAAAGGAUCAUGGAAUUCUUCUAUCUAUGCGGGAAGGGGCUCAAACUACAGAUAUGAUAACAGGAUUGUUGCAGGCUUGUUACAUUCGGGAGGGUCUCCUAGUUGACAUGGCGGAAUGGGAAAACGUUUUAGAAGCUUGCGAUUUGUCAGAUUCAGCGUGUGAAUGGCUUACACUAAUAAGACAAAGCAAGAAACGUGCAGAAGCGGAUGUUAGUGAAAUGGUGGAGAAGAUGUCGAGACUGGGAUGGGUGUGCAGAAAUGUUCUUCUCAGCGCUCGGGAGCAGGUGGAAGCUCCGUAGAGAAAGUCUGCCAUCUGCCGAUAGGGCCGAGAGGGCAGGCGCGGUGGGGCUCGUGGCGCCUGCGUCACCUUCCAUAUCUUGACGGACUUAUCGCUGCUGCCGCUAUACAAGAUAUAGUUCCUUCCGCCGCCAAUGCGCCAGUAGGCUCCCAUCUCGUCUUCCGAAUCUUCCUCCUCAGCUGCCAGACACUUGACAGGCCCGCUGUGCCCCGUCAGCACCGACAGGCAUACGUGCUCCCCACCGUCCCUCCUCCACACACACACAUUGGUGUCCGCCGACCCGCUCAGCGCCAACUUCCCCACUGUCGCCAGGCACAGCACCGCCAGCUUGUGGCCCCGCAGCACCCCGCCGUGGCAUAAAAAAGUCCCGCACUCCCAGUAGUUCACGAGGCCGUCCGACGACCCGCAGUAGAGGAACCUGCCGGAGGGGUCCACGGUCAGCGCCGUCACGGCGCAGUCCAGAUUCAGCAGCGUCUGUGUCAGGAAAUGCUUCGUCUUCCGCCCCACCACCUGCCUCCGCCACACCUUAACGGUGCCGUCCGCCGACCCCGUGAACACGAAGCCGUCGCAUGCGGCGACGAGGGCGUUCACGGCGUCAUCAUGCGCCGUGACAGACUCGAGGCAUUUGGAGUCGGAGAUCCUCCAUACCUUGAAGGUCUUAUCCCAGGAAGCGGAGUAGAGCAAGGAUUUGUCCUCGCUCAGGCUGAGGCAUGAGAUGGCGUCGAUGUGCGCUUUUCGAACGUGGUUACUGGGAUUGAAGGAGAUCUUGAUCAUCGAUCGCAAGGUCGGCAUUGUGCCCACGCGCUUGUGGAACAUGGGAUCCUUGCGCGAGGCCUUCCAGAUUCGGAUCUUGCCGUCCUGGUGACCGGAGAAGAUCCGUUCUCCGGAGAUGAUGAUGGCCUUAACGAGACCGGAGUUGGAUUUGAAGCCGGAGAAUUCCUUCUGAUUCUUCCAGACCCGGAUGCUCUUGCUCUCGGAGCCCGUGUAGAGGAGGUCGCCAGAGGCAGCAAGGGAGUAAAUGUGGCCCUCUUUACGGAUGAGGGAGCCGAGCAGACGCGUGUGAUGAUGAGAUUCCAAGGAGGGGGCGGGGAGGUAGCGGAAGCUUCUCUGCCCCGCCCCCCGGAAGAGGAAGGGAUCCGAACUGAGCCAGCUGGAGAAUGUUGCCCUUUUUGGGGGGCUGGAAUCUGAGUUGUUCAUCAUAAGGGCUCUCCCUCUCGGAUGUUUGUUGCUUAUUGCAUUAACAUUCGAUUCUAGAGAGAGGAAAAGGAGGGGAUGGCUGCUAUCGACCUACAACCAGGACCAUUAGGAUAUCUUCUCUUUGCAAAUUGUGAUACUAUCUCUCGACCUCCAAAUCUCACUAUAUUCAUCCUAAAAUAGGCCGUCUAUUUCUAUC